AUGGAGAUGAUAUUAAUAUUUCCAACGGCUUCAAAAAUUCCGAUCGACUUGUACGAACUUCCUUACGACGUAGAAGAUGCAGUCCCAAGAUCUUCACAGAACAUUAUAAUCGACCUAAAUGCCGAAGAUAGCCCGGAAAUUGGAUACCCUAUUAUCGAGCUCGACUUAAAUCAAUUUUUUGAAGAUGAUGACGAAGCUAGGUCCGAUUCGUCUGUGGAAGAGGAUAUUGACCAGCAAGCUAAUGGUGGAGAAGGAAAUAAUGUGCAAGAGAUUUUCAAUGAGUUCGACGACGUCAAUGGUCAAGCAGUGGAAACAAGACAAGGCAAUGUUCAAGGGAGAAAGAAAAAGACCCUAACUAACGCUGAACGUUGGGCAGUUUACCAUGCUUUGUUGGAGAAAAGUGGAUUGAUGGACAGCGACAAGGAUAACGGUCAAGAUGGGAUCGAGGCUGUAUUGGAGUUUGAUCUGAGAAAGAGGGUUUAUACAGAAGACGGCGAGGAUAAGGGCAAAAAUGGGGAAGAAUAA